AUGUUUUAUUUAUUCUCAGCUCCAUCUAAGAAGUCUUUAUUCGGCUUAUCGCACUUUGAUUCUAUUCUAAGAGGGAAGGUUUUCAACACUAGAACCAAAAAAUUGUUUACAAAUACUAAGCCUCUUUCAUAUUCUUCAGCUUUUUUGUUAAAUAAACCACAAACUAGUUAUUUACAUUAUAGUACUUUAAAGAGUUCUACACUCACAUCUAAUCUUAAUACCGAUUAUACUCCAAAUCAAUCUUACAAAUUACAACAAACUGAUACAAUUGAGAGAAGUGGAUACACAGAAGAAACUGAUCCUACUAAACAAUCACAUACAUUAAAUAAUUGUGAUUUCGGAGUGGAAUGUAAUAAAAAUAUGGAUUUAGUAAAAGAAAAUUUAGCUGAAUCAAAUUUCAAAAGGGAAUUUAAAAGUUUAAAAAUGAGUACUGAAAAGUUAAGAGAUCAAUUAGUACUCAAUAAAGUCGACUGUGAGAAUCUAUUGAGGCGACGAUUCUUUUACACGAAUUCAUUUGAGAUCUACGGUGGGUCUGCGGGUCUAUUUGACUUUGGUCCGCCGGGAUGUGCACUCAAAUCUGAACUUGAGCGCCUUUGGCGUGAACAUUUUGUCGUUUUUGAUGAAAUGCUCGAGGUUUCUUGCACAUGUAUUACACCUCACCCUGUACUCAAAUCCUCUGGACAUGUGGAUAGAUUCACCGAUUUAAUGGUCAAAAAUCUAUCAAACGGUGAUUGUUAUAGAGCUGAUAAAUAUCUUGAAGAUCUCAUAUCCAAUAUUAUUCAGAAUAAGUCACAAUCAAAUCUUAAUAACAGUAACGAUGUUGGUAUAACUAAUAAGAAUCUGAAAACAAAAUUGAAUAGUAAAUUGGAAAAAAUGACUUUGGAAGAAUUAAUGAGAUUAAGGGAAAGAGUUGGUACAUAUAAUCAAGAUGAGAUGGAACGUUUUUAUAUGGAAAAUGAGGUGAGGUCACCUGAAGGUGAUGAGUUUUCAAAGCCGUUCCCGUUCAAUUUAAUGUUUUCAACUUCAAUUGGCCCUAAGACUGAAGAUAAACUAAGUUCAUUAGCUUACUUGAGGCCAGAAACUGCCCAAGGGAUUUUUGUCAAUUUUAACCGUCUUUUAGAGUUUAACGGAGGUAAAAUACCAUUUGCAGCCGCUCAAAUAGGGUUAGGGUUUAGGAAUGAAAUUAGUCCGAGAAAUGGACUUUUAAGAGUUCGAGAGUUCCCAAUGGCUGAGAUUGAAUAUUUUGUAAACCCAAAGUUCAAAACUCAUGAAAAGUUCCCAGAAUUCAAGAAUACCGUAUUACCACUUUUAACCCGUGAUCAACAAACAAAUGAUAAUUUUGAACCCAUACAUAUAUCAAUGUCAGAAGCUGUAAGUAGUGGUAUAGUAGGUAAUGAAGCUCUGGCCUAUUUUUUGGCCCGCACAUUUCUAUUUCUGAAACGUGUUGGGAUUAAUGAGGCUGGUUUAAGAUUCAGACAACAUAUGGCAAAUGAAAUGGCACAUUAUGCUUCAGACUGCUGGGAUGCUGAAAUUCUAACUUCCUAUGGCUGGGUUGAAGUUGUAGGACAUGCCGAUAGAAUGGCCUAUGAUCUCAUGUGUCAUUCUAAAUCAACAAAUUCACAACUUGUAGCCCAUCAUCGCUAUGAUAAUCCAAUCCAAGUAGAAAAGGUACUUGUAAAAUGUAAUAAACCUGAAAUUGGUAAAGCUUUUAAAUCUGAUCAAAAAAUACUAUUAAACCAUCUAAACAAUUUAACAUUACAACAAUCUAAAGAGUUACAUGAACGGUUAGAGAAUAACACAGACGGUUGUGUGGUUAGUGUGGAUGGGAAGGAAUUUCUAUUGAAAAAGUCAAUGGUUAGUUUCGAAUAUGUUAAUGUGAAUGUAUGCGAUGAAACAUUUGUUCCAUGUGUAAUUGAGCCAUCAUUUGGUCUUGGGAGAUUAAUUUUCUCAAUUUUAGAACAUUCUUAUAGAGUCAGGCCGGUGGAUGUGAAUGUGCCUGAGGAACGGAAAUAUGUAGCAUUAAACAAAUCUAUUGCUCCAACAAAGUGUUCAGUACUACCAUUAUCUUCUAAAGAAGUAUUUGAACCAUUGAUUACAAGGGUUCAGGCUCAUUUAAGAAGAUUGGGGAUCUCACAUAAAGUAGAUAAGACAGGUGCCUCGAUAGGUAAGAGGUAUGCUAGAACUGAUGAAAUUGGUAUACCAUUUUGUGUGACUUUGGAUUUUCAAUCAGUAAAUGAUGAUACGGUGACAUUAAGAGAGCGUGACACAAUGCAGCAAGUUAGAAUUAAGCUUGAUGACCUGGGUGAAUUAAUAAACAAUUUACUAAAAGAUGAUAUAACCUGGGAACAAGCAACUAAACAUUUACCAAUUUUUACACAACAACUUCUUUAA